AUGGACAAGAAGCAAGAUUCCAAAGGAUCUUUGGAGCCACACAAACCAGUGAAAGGCAAGAAGAAACCUGUUCUGAGGAUCCAGUGUGUCCCCAUCAAACCGCCUGUUGCCAACACAACGCCCCCGAGGAACUUGGACUCCAGGACGUUCAUUACCAUCGGAGAUAAAAACUUUGAGGUGGAAGCUGAUGACCUGGUUACAAUUUCAGAGCUGGGCCGUGGGGCCUAUGGUGUGGUGGAGAAAGUCCGACACGCGCAGAGUGGCACCAUCAUGGCCGUGAAGAGGAUUCGAGCCACUGUGAACACUCAAGAGCAGAAGAGGUUAUUGAUGGACUUGGACAUCUCCAUGAGGACAGUUGACUGCUUCUACACUGUCACCUUCUAUGGAGCCCUCUUCCGUGAGGGCGACGUGUGGAUCUGCAUGGAACUCAUGGACACCUCCCUAGAUAAAUUCUACAAGAAAGUACUGGAGAAGAAGAAAACCAUCCCUGAAGACAUUUUGGGGAAAAUGGCUGUGUCUAUUGUACGAGCUCUGGAGCACCUGCACAGUAAACUGUCUGUAAUCCAUAGAGAUGUGAAACCUUCCAAUGUGCUGAUCAACAAGGAGGGGCACGUGAAAAUGUGUGACUUUGGGAUCAGUGGCUACUUGGUGGACUCGGUUGCGAAGACCAUGGAUGCUGGCUGCAAGCCAUACAUGGCUCCAGAAAGAAUAAACCCUGAGCUGAACCAGAAGGGCUACAACGUGAAAUCGGAUGUCUGGAGCCUUGGGAUCACAAUGAUCGAACUGGCCAUUCUUCGCUUCCCCUAUGAGUCCUGGGGAACUCCAUUCCAACAGCUCAAGCAGGUAGUGGAGGAGCCCUCGCCCCAGCUGCCUGCAGAUCGCUUCUCCAAGGAGUUUGUGGACUUCACAGCCCAAUGCUUAAGGAAGAACCCUGCUGAGCGAAUGAACUAUUUAGAACUUAUGGAACACCCUUUUUUCACCUUGCAUGACACCAAAGAGACUGACAUGGCCUCCUUCGUGACAGAGAUCCUCGGGGAAGACUCCUAA